CUGCUUUCCCCGUCCACCAGCUCUCUGAGGCCUCCGACAUGACUUCUAUUGGAACGGGAUACGAUCUUUCAGCCAGUACCUACUCUCCAGAUGGCCGCAUCUUCCAGGUCGAGUACGCCAACAAGGCCGUUGAGAACUCGGGAACGGCGAUUGGACUGAGAGUCAAGGAUGGGAUCGUGAUAGCCGUCGAGAAAUUGAUCCAUUCCAAGCUUCUCGUGCCGGAGGCCAACCGACGUAUACAAACUAUAGACAGGCAUAUCGGCCUAGCAUCCUCUGGACUCUUGGCAGACGGCAGACAUAUAUCGAAUCGUGCAAGAGACGAAGCGGCCAGCUACGGAGAUACGUAUCGCUCGCCCAUCAGUCUCAAGUCCCUUGUGGAUAGGGUAGGGUUAUACGUGCAGGCGUACACUCUGUACUCGUCAGUCCGGCCAUUCGGCUGUAGUACCAUUUUGGGUGCUGUUGACAAGACAGGCCCUAUCCUGUAUGUCAUUGAACCCAGUGGUGUCGCCUACGGCUACCACGGCGCCGCGAUCGGCAAAGGUCGUCAGCUAGCUAAGACAGAGCUCGAGAAGCUAAAGCUUGCGGAACUUUCGACCCGAGAAGCAGUCAUCGAAGCGGCGCGAAUAAUUUACCUUGUCCACGAUGAUGCAAAGGAAAAGGAUUUCGAGCUCGAGAUGUCAUGGAUCGGCGACGAGACAAACGGCUUGCAUCUGCCGGUGCCCAAAGAUCUGCUUGAAGAGGCAUCACGGAAAGCAAAGGAGGCACUGGAGAACUUCGAGUAG